AUGGAGAUCAAUACUUUGAUCGACAUGCUCGAAAACAACAUCUACGAGGAAGAAGAUGAUCUUGAACUCAUCAAUGAAACGUUCACUGAAUUGUCUCAAUUCCAACAAAAACUUGAUACCCUGAACGAUCAAAUGUUACAGGCUGGUUCUGAACACGAUUUUGAAGAACAUUCUCACUGGACAGUACAGUUGAAACAGAAAAUCCGAGUAUUUUCAAUGAAAGUGAAAAAAUAUUUGAAAAAACAAGUAUCAAAUCCUGCUACUUCUACAAUUCCAAAUAACAGCGCUCAAGAAAAUGCUACUUCAAUUUUCCCACAGGAAACCGCAACCUCCAUGCCGACUGCAAACAUAAUGGAUAUACCAAACAACAACCUUAUAACCAUGAGCAACAAUACUCAAGGCAAUGCAAGAACAGCUGCCGCUGACGACAACCUUUCGGCGCCAUUUCAAGGCGACCAAUCAUUUUCAAAUCCAUUUGCUAGUGAUGUUCCUAACCACAGCUCACAACAAGCUAGUGCUGCAAACCCUCCUAACAACAACAAUCGAGCUUUGGCAACUAAUUCAAGCGACACUUCUACUACAUUCAGUCGAUCAGUGCCAAAACUGAAGCCUACAAUUUUCAAUGGCAAUCCCAACUAUUGGUUGCACUGGUAUGGGGUAUUCGUAUCAUCGAUUCAUAAUUCUAAAAUGUCUCCAACUGAAAAGAUGAUCCAUCUUCAAUCAUUGGUAACUGGCCCAGCUAAACUAAUGAUAGCUGGUUAUGGUGCAAACGGCGACACAUACGAACUAGCACUACAACGUCUUCGUGAAAACUUUGGCAAUACCAAUAGAAUUGUCAACUCUUUUUUGCAACGUCUUGCAAAUUUCAAACCUCCAAAUCUGGCUCAACCAGAAUCUUACAUGCAGUUUUCUGCUUUUCUCCUAACUUUAGUGGACACUUUUGAGCAACUUGGUUUUGUUCACGAUAUUUGUUCUACAACAAACUUGAACACUGCUCUGGCAAAGCUUCCCGACCCUGUGAGAUUAGAAUGGAAUCGCUUCGUCAUCGACAAAGACUACGAUCAACCCUCCUUGAGACAUCUAGCACAAUGGUUUCAACGGUACGCACAGGCGUGUCGCGACAUGCCUCCGACAGGUUUCCGAAACCAAAACAAUAACAAUUUUAACAAUUCUUCUGGAAACGCUAAACACCCUAGUGGUUCCCGUUUCAAUGGUUUUACUACAAAUGGUGUAGGAAAUCAAAAUCAGCGCUUUAACCAUCAGGGAGAUCAACAAAACUCUCGUGCUCAGAAUAAUGUAAACUCGAAUGCUUGUCCUAGUGGAGACACCUGUGGACCUCUCUACAAAUGCGAGCACUUCAAAGCUUUAGAUCCUAAGCAACGAAAAGAGCAUGCCCGAAAAAUGCACUUAUGCUUUAACUGUCUAGGGAAUCAUAGGUUUACUGACUGCAAUUCGAAAUCGCUCUGUCGAACCGAUAAUUGUGGUAAAAAACACCACACUCUACUCCACGAUCCUUCUGAUACUUAUGGAAAAAACCCUAGUAAAGCUGCAGUGAAUCGCGCAAUAGCUUGUCAGAGAUCAGGUCAAUCAGCUUUUGUACCAAUCGAAUUAUCAAAUGGUGAUAAAACACUUUGUACCUACGCUUUCUUAGAUAGUGGUAGCUGCGUAACUCUACUACUGGACUCAGUGGCAACUCAACUAGGCUUGGACGUCAACAAGAAGCACUCACUUCCCAUAUCUGGAUAUCAUGAGACCAAGUCAGUUCAAGUUACAUCUGUGGAUGUACAAAUUAGACCAUACAAAAGCACAUCGACUCCAAUGACGCUCGAUGACGUACUCACGGUAGAUGAAAAUAAUUUGGCCCCAGUUGAUAUUUUUCAACUAAACGCAAUGUGCAACAAUUUUCCACAUUUAAAGCAUGUUAAAUACCCGGACUUAAACGACAAUAGCAUAUCGCUAGUCAUCGGAAACAACAAUCCAGAAUAUCAUGAGAUCAAAAAUACCGUUUAUGGCCCCAAGAAUGUUCCCUGGGCUAUCGAAACCCUUUUGGGAUGGACAUGCACAGGUCGGAACAAAACGCAAUGUAAUUCCGUUCCAUCUGUUCCGGUGAACUUCACACAAGUUCAUUCACACAAUAACUUAGAUGAAAAAUUAUACCAGAAAGUUCUCAACUGGAUGAAAAUAGAAAACACAGGCAUCGCUUCUUCAAAACGCUCGCACUCCAAAUCGGAUAAAAGAGCAAUCGAUAUUCUCGAAAACUCUUGUACUUUAGUAGAUGGUCACUAUCAAAUUGACCUUCUUUGGAAAGAGGAUACUGAUCUUCCAAAUAACCGUUGGCUAGCUGAAAAGCAACUCAACAGCCUCGAAUUUCGCCUUAAAAGUAAACCUGAUUUAAGGGAGAAAUACCGCGCAACAGUCAUCACUGACUUAGAAAAAGGCUUUGUCACCAAAAUAGAUGCAAAACAUGACACUGCAAUCAAAUCUUGGUAUUUGCCGCAUCAUCCAGUGACAAAUGUCAACAAACCAGACAAAGUUAGACGAGUCUCAAAUGCUUCCAGCAUUUUUCAGGGUAAAUCCCUCAACUCGAGUUUGCUCAAAGGGCCCGAUCUUUUGUGCAACUUAACAGGUCUCAUAAUUCGCUUUCGACAAAAUAAAAUAGCAAUAUCUGCUGACAUAGAUGCUAUGUUUAUGCAAGUGCUAGUCAGCCCAAAGGAUAGACCUUUUCUAAGAUACCUUUGGAAAGAAAAUGGUAAAUUAUAA